AUGGCACAUAUUCAAAUCCCGGAAAUGAUGCUGCGACUGGUUUUAGUUGUAAUAAUGACUUCGGCAGGUGUAUGCCAAGUAGGUAUUGGACCAGAACUGCGUUGUUAUCAAUGUAAUUCAUUAACACAACCUCACUGUGCAGACUAUUUUGAUAAUCGAACUUUUCCACUAGUUGCCUGUCCAAAUGAUGGAAGAAAUUAUUCUAGGUGUGUCAAGAUGAUUCAGGAAAUGUAUCUAGAUGGAAAAUGGACUAGACGUUAUUAUAGAGAUUGUGCUGUAACUGGUGUGAUUGGUGCAGAAGAUGGUCGAUGGUGUAUAGAUCGUUUGGGUACAUAUCGUGUUAAAGUUCGAUAUUGCAAUUGUAACAAUAAAAAUGGAUAUGGAGAUUUUUCGUUGUACCAAAACAAACAUUUAACAAACAAUAUGUUGAAAGUAUCAAUUUUAUUUAUUACAAUCAUUUUGACAUUAUUGUUGGAGAACAUUCAUGGAAAAGGGUGUCGUGCAAUUGGAGAGAAAUGUAGUAAAACUGUAUUUGACAGAUGUUGUGGCGAUACAGUAUGCCAUUUAACUUCACCAUUUCAUGGGAAAUGUGUCAAAUGCUUAAAAGGGGGUACUCUUUGUAUAUCGGAUAAAAAUUGUUGUUCACACAAAUGUACUUUAGGAAAGUGUACAAAUGAAAAACAUCAUUAUUAA